AGCGACUACGACAAGGACGAGCUAAGUGUAAGUACAUUUUCUUAACACAAUAUGAAUACUCACACAUGAGUCUCCAUUCGUGAUUGAAACUGAAGAUUAAAUUCCGCAACCCCAGUAUUGCCCGUAGGUAUACAUCAGACAAGCAUCAUAACAUGGCAGCGUCAACGACAGCGGCAGCGCAGACCACAAGUAACCCGGUGCACGCCCUCCCGUGCGGCGAUGAAGCAGAAGUAGUUGCUCCCGUCCCAGGCGACGUCGAUGUCAAUGCUUCUGUCCCGCCCCGCAGGGCGCCCGGUCUACCUCGGUCGCAGAAAAAAUGGCUGAAGCGACAGCGGGAGGGCGAAUCUAGAGCAGAACGCCGGAGGAAACGCAACGAAGGAACGAAAAAUGAUGCUACAGCAAAAACCAGGUCGUCAUGCGCAGAUCAGGACACGAAUGAAGCGCACAGCGCGAGCUCCUCCGCCGCUGCACAGGAUGGAAACGAGAAAAACAGCGGCAAGACCAUCUUCAGUACGAAACCAACGUGCGCGCGGAAAGCCGGAAACCAAUCGGCACCGACGGAGGAAAAACUUGCGAAACUGGAAAGCGCGGUUGUCAAUGGAAGACUAAAGUUGGCGAUCAACUGCAGCUUUUGCGCGGACAUGAACUUCAAAGAGCUGGUUUCGCUGCGCAAGCAGAUCGAGCUCUCUUACGGCGUCCUGAAGACCGUCGAAGAACCCUUCCAGCUCCACCUCACGUCUUUUGACGCGGCUACCAACCCGCUGGCAGCCGCCUGGACUGCGGUCCGAAAGUUCGAUGAAAGCGCUGGUGUGAAGGCCAACGGCGUGGUAGACGAUGCAGUGGCUGAGCAGGGCUCGGAGGACGCAUUGGAGGAGACGCUCAGGGAAGUCCUCAUGUAUGGAGCGAAGACGAAUCACAUUCAAAACCCAUCGUGUGAUGCAGGAGGCGAAGAGCAGCACAAAGACAUCGAAACGCGCCCUGCGCCCCCGUCCUCGUGCAGUUCAUCGACUCUGAAAGCAUCGGCGCCUCUAAUCAAGGACAACAGUAUCGCGAGCUAUGAGGGCAGACGCUUGGCGCCGUUGCUGCGCUCAUUGGCCCUGCACAAGUGGAAAUUGCACCUGCAGCCAGAGCCGUAUUGGGACGCGUUUGAACGUGUCAUAAUACUUUCACCCGACGCGGAAGAGCCGUUGCUUGACGUUUUUUCUGGCCCUCACAAGAGCCGCACGGAAGAUGAAGAAAUGAACGGGACUACAGCAACUAACUUCGAUGAAAAUAUCGUUUUCGUCGUUGGUGGGUCUGUAGACCGCACCGUGCGGAAAAACCAAUCGCUGAACCAAAGCAUGGAAAAGCACGUCGAAAAAGCCGUGCAUAGCAGAAAACGCCUUCCGCUCCGCGAGUUCGCACCCAAAGGCGCCGCGAAAAUUCUCAACAUCGACACUGUGCUGCGAAUGCUGGCCAUGAAAGCUGCCAUGGAAGAGGCGAGAACCACGAAAAAUAUCGAGGAGUCUUCAUCUAAACUGGACUGCGCAACCGAGAACGAGUGGCGAGAGGUAUUCCACCAGUGUUUGUCCGCCCGCUUUCUACGACAAACGGAAGCUGGCGCUUAG